UUCAUGGAUACCAUAAUACUAGCUCGAGGGGCAAUAGUCCUACUACUCGACAAGACAUAAAAAAAUACAAGCUUAUAUCGCCGGUAUAUAUACGAUCUCGUCACUUUCCUCUCUAUAUUCAUCAUGCCUCACUCUCUACCUUCAUCCCCCAAAUCGACACCAAGGGAUGGUCGAAAUGGCAUCACCAAAUUUACCAACUGCCGCAUCUUGAAAGGAGACAAGCUGCUAGAAGAAGAUCUAUGGGUCAAUUCCGUUACCAGGAAGAUUAUCCGAAGCCAAGCUGCGUUCUAUGAUGAUUUCAUCCUCCCAGAUGAGGUCAUUGACCUCGGUGGUCGUAUCUUAUCUCCAGGUAUCAUCGAGUGCCAGCUCAACGGGGCCUUCGGUUUCAACUUCUCAACCCUUCUCGAGCCUGCUGUAUACGCCAAAAAGGUCAAGGAGUUGAACAAGCAGAUGGUCAAAACGGGGGUUACAUCCUAUGUUCCUACCAUCACAAGUCAACGGAGCGAACUCUACCAGCGAGUCCUACCGUACCUUGGUCCAUCAGGAUAUCGUCAGAUCGCCGAGGACGGAGCAGAAUCCCUUGGCGCGCAUUGUGAGGGCCCGUUCUUAAGUCCAACUAAAAACGGAGUCCAUAAUGUAGACGUGAUACGGGAAGCUGAGACAUUUGCGGAUCUAGAAGACUGUUAUGGAGCAGAAAACCUCGACCCCGAAGAUUUGUACCGUCCUACGCCGAUAAAGAUGAUUACUGCUGCACCAGAGCGGGGACAGAUGACGAAACUCAUUCCCGAGCUCACUAAACGUGGUAUCAUCUACUCGAUCGGGCACUCGGAAGCUACAUACGAACAAGCGUCCGCAGCUGUCGCUGCCGGCGCAACAAUGAUCACCCAUCUUUUCAACGCUAUGCGGCCCUUGCACCACCGAAAUCCCGGUAUCUUUGGCGUUCUAGGUUUGGCAGAAAGCUUACCUCGCCCCUAUUUUGGUAUCAUUGCGGACGGAGAGCACUUACAUCCCACAACAAUCAAGAUUGCCUUCAAUGCUCAUCCUGACGGGUUCAUCCUCGUCACUGACUCUAUGCAUUUAGUUGGCUUACCGGAUGGCGCUUACCAGUGGACUAAUGGUGAAAGAGCAAGCCAUAUCGUAAAGAAGGGCAAUAAAUUGAUACUGGAGGGGACCGAUAGAAUUGCCGGAAGCUCUAUAACAUUGAUCGAAUGCGUUUCUAAUUUCCUUAGCUGGUCCGGCGCAACCAUACCACAAGCCCUGAAAGCAGUCACGUCGACGCCCGCCGCCAUGUUAGGCUUGCAGGGCAUCAAGGGGUGUCUUGACGACGGCGCGGAUGCGGACUUGGUAGUUUUGUCCGAGAAGCGGUCCGAGAACCGUACUGACCUCAUUGUCGACGAGGUGUGGAAGUUCGGUACGAAGGUGUUUAGUCGGUCAUGAGGAGAGACCCGCGCGAUGGAUUGUUGCCGAUGAUAGAUGGGUACGCCUAAAGAGAUGAAAUUAGUAUACUCGGAAGUUACGGAGUCAGGCAGCGUAUUUGUACUGGCAUAGAAUCUUAUCAUAUAACAGAACUAGGUU